AUGGGUUGCUGCGAGGGAUACGCCGAGCAAAAUGGAGAAUGCAUUCCGCUGUGUAAAGACGGUUGCCCCAAUGGUCGUUGCACCGCUCAAAAUAUAUGUACCUGCAGCCCAGGAUUCGUCAAAAUUAACAACGAAUGUACUCCUGAAUGUUCUGACUGCAGCAAUGGAGCAUGCGUCGCACCAGAUCAGUGCAUUUGCAACGAUGGCUUUGAAAAAGAUGCCAACGGAGUUUGUGUUCCGAAGUGUGAGAAUAUCUGCGUUGGAGGUACCUGCAACAGUCUUCGUGAGUGUGUUUGCCCUGAUGGUUACUUUUUCAACCCGUUGCUGCUGGAGUUCGGCAUUGAGAACGGUACAGUGUGUACUACAGUCUGUGAACGGUCGUGUAGAAACGGGUACUGUCUAGGGAAAAAUCGGUGUCAAUGCUUUCCAGGAUAUCAACAAUCUAAACUGGACCCGUACGACUGCCUUCCAGUUUGUGAUUCGAACUAUGUGAACUGUUCCAACGGUAACUGUGCAGCCCCUAACAAGUGCAUUUGUCACAAGGGGUACAGAUUGGAUACAAACGGAUGUGCUCCAAUUUGUUCCCAAAACUGUCUAAACGGAGUUUGUGUAGCUCCUGAACAGUGUGCUUGUAAUACUGGCUACAAGAAAGAUCCUCUAUCUGGGAAUGAAUGUGCUCCGUCGUGUUAUCCUUCGUGCACCAAUGGAAUGUGCGUCAGUCCAGGUUUCUGUCAAUGUUUCCCUGGUUUUCAAAAAAAUUCUUCAUCGCCCUACAAAUGUGAUCCUGUUUGUGAUGUGAAGAUCGUAAACUGCGAAAAUGGAAGUUGUAUUGGGCCAAAUCGUUGUAAAUGUAAUCCCGGAUUCGUGUUUCACGAAAAUCAAUGCAUUCCACGUUGCUCUCCCGAGUGUGUCAACGGAAUUUGUGUAGAACCAAACAAAUGUUCCUGCAAAAGUGGCUACACAUCAAACUCUGAAGCGCACAUCUGUGUACCGUCGUGCAACCCUUCCUGCGUAAAUGGAGAUUGUAUCGCACCAGACAUAUGUAAGUGUCACACUGGAUUUAAAAUAUCUAGUAACGCUUCAGUCUGCCUACCUGAUUGUGAUCCGAAUUAUGUGAACUGUUCCAAAGGCAAUUGUGUAGCUCCUAACAAGUGCAUUUGCAACGAGGGGUACAGCUUGGACACAAACGGAUGUGCUCCAGUUUGUUCCCAAAACUGCAUUAACGGAGUUUGUAUAACUCCUGAACAAUGUUCUUGUAAUUCGGGGUAUAAAAAAGAUCCCUCUGCAGGUAAUCAGUGUGUUCCGUCGUGCAAUCCUCCGUGCACCAAUGGAAUGUGCGUCAGUCCAGGGAGCUGUCAAUGUUUUCCCGGAUUUCAAAAAUCUUUACCGUCAUCUUACACAUGUGAUCCUGUUUGCGAUGAGAAGAUCGUAGACUGCAAUAAUGGUAGCUGUAUUGCACCAAAUCGAUGUAAAUGUGAUGAGGGAUUUGUAUUUUAUGAAAAUCGGUGUGUUCCGAGUUGCACUCCCGAGUGCGUCAACGGAAUCUGUGUAGAACGUAACAAAUGUUCGUGCAACAAUGGCUACAUAUUUAGCACUGACGCGCAUAUCUGCAUACCGUCGUGCAGCCCUUCCUGCGUAAAUGGAGAUUGCAUCGCACCAAAUAUAUGCAAGUGUCACCCCGGAUUUGAGAAUUUCUCUGGUAACGCCUCACUCUGCGAACCCGUUUGUGAUCCGAAUUACGUAAACUGUUCCAACGGCAGUUGUGUAGCCCCUAAUAUGUGUAUUUGCCACAAAGGAUAUAGAUUGGACACGGAUGAAUGCGCUCCUAUUUGUACUCAGAAAUGUCUCAACGGAAAUUGUGUAGCUCCUGAACAAUGUGCUUGUAAUACCGGCUAUAAGAAAGAUCCCUCUGCAGGGAACCAGUGUGUUCCGUCGUGUAAUCCUCCGUGCAUCAAUGGGAUGUGUACCAGUCCAGGUGUCUGUCAGUGUUUUCCCGGAUUUCAGGAAUCUUCUUCAUCAUCCUACAAAUGUAAUCCCAUUUGCGAUAAGAAGAUCGUAAACUGUAAUAAUGGUACUUGCAUUGGACCAAACCAUUGUAAAUGUAAUCCCGGUUUCGUGUUUCACAAUAAUCGGUGUGCUCCAAGUUGCACUCCCGAGUGCGUCAACGGAAUUUGUGUUGAACCAAACAAAUGUUCCUGCAAAAGUGGCUACACACCAAGCUCUGAUGCACACAUCUGCGUACCACUAUGCAUCCCUUCCUGCGUAAAUGGCGAUUGUAUCACUCCAAACCGAUGUAAAUGUCACCCUGGAUUUGAGAACUCCUCUAGUAAUGCCUCACUCUGCGAACCCCUUUGUGAUCCGAAAGUAGCUAACUGCGACUUUGGAACCUGCAUCGAACCAAACCGAUGCAAAUGCGACCCAGGUUACACUUUCAGCAGCAACCGCUGCGUUCCCCAAUGCGAUCCCAGGUGUUCGAACGGCUUUUGUUCAGCUCCUAACGAGUGCGUUUGCGAGAUAGGCUUCACUAAUAGUCCAAACAAACCAAACACUUGCGUUCCGGUAUGUGAACCACCCUGUCAAAAUGCAUCCUGCGUAGCCCCAAACGAGUGUCGAUGUUGGAACGGUUACCAACCAUCCCUUCAGGAUCCCGCCACUAAUUGCGAGCCGAUAUGCGAUCCAACGUACAUCAACACAACCCACGGACAUUGUAUCGCUCCGAAUGUACUGCAGUGUGUAGCAGACUUCUACCUGGAGCAACUUCUCGACAGCAAUCUUCUCGGUUGUACUCCGCGCUGCUCUCCGGAGUGCGUCAAUGCUGAAUGUGUCCAGAACAACGACUGUAAGUGUCAACCCGGGUUUAAACCUUCCCCGCUAGCAUCAAAUAUCUGUGAUCCGAUUUGUGAACCAUCUUGCCAGAACUCAACCUGCAUUGGACCUAACGAUUGUGCCUGUUGGGAAGGUUAUCAGCCCAAUCCGCAACAAUCUGAAAGCUGUCUACCGAUUUGUGACUCGGCAGUUGUGAACUGCACCUUCGGUGAUUGCAUAGCAAUCAACGAAUGCAGCUGUCUUGAAGGAUACCAGCUAAUAACCCCAGACGAUGGUGCUGUUCAAGUUUGCAGCCCCAUCUGCGUCUCAUCCUGUCCUAACGGUAUUUGUUUAGCACCAAAUGUUUGCGCAUGCCUUCCGGGAUUCAGUGAAAUGACUCUGAAUGAAUGCGAACCGGUUUGUGAGGAACCUUGUAGUAACGGAGACUGCACUGCACCGAAUACCUGUACCUGUUAUGCAGGGUUUGUUCCACUUAAUUCAACUGUUUGUGAACCGUUCUGCAAUCCGUCUGUGGUAAAUUGUACCUUUGGCGACUGCGUUUCACCCAAUGGUUGCCAAUGUCUGGAAGGAUAUGAACUGAUCGAUACUGAACAGGUAAAAAGAUGUGAACCGGUUUGUGUGGAUUUGCCUGAAAACGGUUGGUGCGUGAAACCUGGAAUAUUUGCUUGCUUGGAUGGUUAUCUACGAACGGAUAACGACACAUGCGUGCCUCAGUGUGAUCAACCGUGUGGCAAUGGAAGCUGUAUUGCACCCAACUAUUGUCAGUGUGAUGAAGGAUACGAACAGAAUAAUGAAACGAUGGGAAGAAGCUGUUUUUCGAUCUGCGAAAUGUAUUGUGAGAGUACGAACGGAACUUGCGAAGACGGUUUGUGUCUUUGUGCUGAAGGAUUUGGGACUCUAAAUAGUCCAUACUACUGUAGUCCAGUUUGUGCGAACUGUAGCAAUGGGAUUUGUGAGACUCCCGAAGUUUGCACCUGCCUGGAGGGCUACGAGUGGAACAAUGAAGCUACCGGCUGUCAGCCAAUUUGCGAAAGCUGCGAUGAUGGAUGCUGCACGGAUCUGGUAUGGAAUUAUUCUAGAAUAUGGCGUCAAUUGAAGCCCGAAUGGAUGGUGCCGGCAGCACUAAUUCUAGUGGCAACUCUCGUAACUGGACUCACAGCGUGCUGGAAGAUGUUAACCAGGGAGAAGAUAUUCAAAAAAAAGGGCGAUGUUUGGAAAUACUGGUAA